AUUCAACUAGGUAGUUCUUUUUUUUAAAUAAAAUAUGGUUUAAAUUUUACCCAUAGAAAUCAUUGCGGCCAUCUCCCUACUAUAGGGUUUGUGACUUCUCCACUUUCGUCUUAGACGAAGUGCGGCUCUGAGCAAAACGAAGGCAGCAAACGACUUUCGUGACUGGUUUCGUUCGAGCAAGCAGGAGGCUAUUGUGGCAAGCAGGCGCGGCUCGAAGCUUUUCAAUGAAGGAUAUAGUCAAUCAGUAUGAGCACAUGGACAUUGGAGGGGAUGGAGAGGCGUUGGUAUUCGAUGAUGACGAGGUCGAUGAGGAUGUGGCCAACGAGUGGCGGGCUAUUUUUCCGAUGGGUGGCACACUACUUACAUGUCGGAAGAUAAAAUUUCAUAUUUUCAAGGAUCUUAUGGUCUCUGUGACGUCCCGACAAAGGUGCUCCUAACAAAGAGAUCGACGAAAAGAUGUACUACCUCCUUCCCAUAAAAUUCUUCACACUUUUACUUGGCACGGAAAUUAAGAACAUGGAAAUGUAUGGUUGUGGUUGUGUAAGAAAAAGGUGAAAUGAAUGUGAACAACACAAAUUGUCCAAAAAUGGUAAGUGGAAAGAAUUUUUUGGGACGGCCCAAAAAGGAAAGUGGGAAGAAUUUUAUGGGACAGAUGGAGUAUCUUUUCACCUUUUACCAUAUUGUGUAUAUGAGAUGUGUGUUAGAAAGUGGUAUGUGGUUGUUUGAAAGGAAUUUGUUGAUCCUCAAGGAAAUCAGGUUAGUGGAUAUUCCCCUCAAGGUUAACCUAAAUGAGGUUGAUUUCUGGGUUCAGGUGCAUAAUAUCCCUUAUGACUUUGUAAACAUAGGCACUGCUAGGAGGUUGGUAAUUUUAUUGGAAAGUUCAUUAGCUUUAAUGAAGUCAAUUUGAAGGAAAAUGAGAUGCUUAUAUGCGAAUUAGGGUUUGUAUGGAAGUCGGAAAACCUUUGAAAAGGGGAACAACUCUUAGGAAAGGGGGAGUUGGUCAAUGGGUUGAUUUCAAAUAAGAAAAGCUGCCUAGCUUUUGUUUUGUCUGUGGGGUCAUUGGCGAUUCUGACAGGUUUUGCUCUUUGACAUAUGAAGGGGAUAAUACGGUGUUGGAAAAAUCUUAUGGGGUGGAACGUAGAGCACGGGGAGACAAGUCCUACAGGGGGUACGAUUGAUCCAGGCAAGGGCAUGACUGGGGAAGGAAACCCAGUGAGUACAAAGGAGGUAUCGGUGACCAGAAGCGCAUGAGGCUUUGGGAGGAGCAGGAACAGGAUUAUCCAAACGGUGAUACCAUUAUGGCACUUGACAAGCAAAAAAACAGGAAGGCGUCAUAUUCCGAACUUCAGACCCGCCGGAUUUCUGAAGCAGGCUUAUUGUUGAUCUGGAGUGUGGAAGGUUCUCGUGUUCUUAAGGACGAAGCAAAAGUUUAAUUUUACUGUCUUUAUUAGUGCUCUCUAUCUGAAUGUUGUGAUAUCAAUUUAAAUCUCCUUCCAAAAAACUAGAUAGUUCUUUUAAAAAUGGAGUCAUUACAACAUUACUG